UACAAUGGAACGCAUUAUCCUUCUGUGCACCUGUGAUUCAUCCAUGUAUAUCUUUUCUCAUCGGUGAGCUAACAACCAAUCAGGUGUGAGAACCCUUCAAGGCUGCGGCUCAUGAUUGGCUAAGGACGAACGGAUCCCGGGUGUUGACAUGAGUUACUCCCAUUUGCCCCAAAGCGAGACUUCAGCACACUCUAACGUCACGAUCGACCCGCGAACAACAACAGCGUCUGGGACAGAGUGACGUGACCGCGUACUGUUGUUGCUCACCACGAACAAGAAGAUUCGCUUUUUGUAAACGACCUUCGAGGCAGAUGUGGCUCUUUGGUUCGUGACGGCGUCUUAAAAGGCACUUCAAUAAAGAUUCCUGGACAACAAAGCCCUGAUCUGCUCUCCACUUAUCCUCACAAAUGUAGGGGUAAGGAUGCAGGAUGGGUGUACCUGUGGACAGCCAUGACAGAAACAGUGAUGUACUUAAAUGCGAGCAGCAGGGAGAGGACGAUGUGGAUGAAAAUCAAAUGGAAGAACAUGCCCGCCGCAUCCCGCCACCCGCCAUCAAGAAGAGGAGGAGAAAAUGCAAAAAGAGACUGUGGAUCAACAUGACCAACUGCAAAUAUGAUAGUGUGCGUCGAGCUGCUCGUCGAUACGGCCUCAGAGAGGCGGCGGACGGUGAGGAGUGGACGCUGUUUUGGACCGACUUCUCCGUGUCCCUGGAGCGCGUUAAAGACAUGAAGCGUUACCAGAAAAUCAACCAUUUUCCUGGGAUGAGCGAGAUCUGCCGCAAAGAUUCCCUGGCAAGAAACAUGAACCGCAUGCGCAAGCUUUUCCCCAGAGACUACACUAUCUUCCCGAGAACGUGGUGCCUCCCUGCAGAUUACAAUGAUUUCCAAGCGUACACCAGGGCCAAAAAGAACAAGACGUACAUCUGUAAGCCGGACACGGGUUGCCAAGGCAAAGGAAUCUUCAUCACCAGAUCCAACAGAGACAUUCCCCCCGGAGAACAUAUGAUCUGCCAGGUUUACCUCUCCAAGCCUUUUUUAAUCGACGGGUACAAGUUUGACUUGCGUAUUUACGUGCUGGUGACGUCGUGCGACCCGUUCAGCAUCUUCGUGUACAAGGAGGGACUGGCUCGCUUCUGCACCACACAGUACAACGAACCGACACACGGCAAUGUGGACGACGUGUGCAUGCAUCUCACCAACUACUCCAUCAACAAGCACAGUGAAAACUUUGUCCGUGACAAGGAUACUGGCAGCAAACGAAAACUGUCCACCCUUAACAAGUACCUGGACUCCAUCAGGUGCAACACAAAGAAGAUGUGGGGCGACAUUGAGGACAUGAUCAUCAAGACUCUGAUCUCCGCUCAUCCCAUCCUUAAGCAUAAUUACCACACGUGCUUUCCCAACCACACCACUGGCAGCGCCUGCUUCGAGAUCCUGGGCUUCGACAUGCUGCUGGAUCACCGCCUCAGACCCUGGGUGCUGGAGGUGAACCACUCGCCUAGUUUUACCACAGACUCACAGCUGGACCGCGAGGUGAAGGAUGCCCUGCUGUACGACACCCUGAAUCUCAUCAACCUGGGCGCCUGCGACCGCCGCAAAAUCAACAAAGAGGAGAGACGAAGGGUGAAGGAGAGGCUGCAACUAAACCACACCAGGCAGGCCAGGUCAGAGGAGCUGCGACAGUGCCAGGCCGCCUCUGUGGAACAGAUGGAGAGAUACCAGGCCGAACACCUGGGAGGCUUCACGAGGAUUUAUCCCAGGGAGGGAGGAGAGAAAUACGACAAGUACUUCACACACAGCAGGUCGCUCUUCCAGGAGACUGCGGCAUCCAAGGCCAGAGAGGAGUGUGUCAGGCUUCAGCUGCAGGAGUUGCUCCUGAAGCAGGAGCAGAAGGAGAAAGACCUGAAGGCGAGUCGCAGGAGAGACUUGCAGGGGGAGACGGCGGGGGAGCGAGCCAAACCCCGACGAGCACCAAAACAAACCCCCAUUCCAGACUCUGGCUGUGACCCUCAGCUGCAGCUCCGUCUGUCCAGUAUGUGGGUCGAUCCUGAAGCUGCACAAGUACAAGAAGAGGAGGAGGAGGGGGAGGAUGAGGAGGAGGAGGAGGAGGAGGAGGAGCAGGAGCAGGAGCGAGUUCAUCUGCUUCUCCAGAGGAAGAAACUACUACAGGACCUGGGGGUGGUGGACCAGAUCCAGCAGCUGUUACAGGGCCAAACAGAGGGAGGGAGAGUCCUGCAGGGAGCCCAGGACACCCACAGCCACCAGCAGAGACGACAGCACACCAAAUUUUCCCAUCGGACGCAGAAGCAGCUUCAGCAGCAGCUUCAGCUUCAGCUUCAGCAGCAGCAUCAGCAACCCUACACUCACAUUUCACAACAGAUUCAUAAAAAGCACAUCCGCUCCCUCAUGACUCAGCAGCGUUUGCUCAGGCCCUCGAUGGACCAGAGGAGCCUGAACGAGGACGAGACUGUGAGCAACAACAGAGCGACCAUCAGCGCUCAGAGACUGUACUGGCCAGUCAGCAGCUCCCUGACUGCGAGGCAGGACAGCCAGAGCAACUCCUACUCCAAGAAACAGUGCCGUCCCGGCAUCCAAAUCCACGUCGCUAACAGGGGCCGGCGCUACACCCACGUGUCCCACGACCCCUCUGCCCUGCAGAGCCUGCUCGUCGUCUCCACUCCAAUCCCACUGGCCAGGAGGCCUGGUUUCUCUCACAGCGUCAGAAACUCUUCCCGCAGAGGCUCGCAGCACGGUAAAGGACACUGAGGAGCACAAACCAGGACUGUGGUCAUACACAGAAAUACACUGUGCCUGUGAAGAAACUCUCAUGUGUGUAUACGAUGUUUAUCUUUUAUAUGUGGACACCUGCAGUUUAAGCUGCUCACCACUGUACAGAAUAUAGCCUGCAACACAGCAGAUGCCCUUCUUUUUUUUUCCUCCUCUAUCUUUACCAUUUUCUACCAGCUGAGAUACUUGCAGCCUAACAUUUCUGCUCUCAGGGUGAAUGAACUCAAAGAAAAUGUGACAUGCAGUGCCAAAAAUAAAAAGCAGACAGGCCUCAUUUAACAAUGUGUAAUCCAGAUCUGAAAAAUAAAAUCUAAAUCUCAA